AUGAGUAAAAAAGAAGGUCAAGGAAAGAGUAUUGGCAAAAAAAUCCCAUUUCUGUUGUUUAGCUGUAGAUGCAAAGAUGAAUGGAGAAAUCUCAAGUUGUCUAGAUAACUUCUAGCAUACGCCUCACUAUCAUUCUUCAUAUUUUUUCUUUUCUUUGUCAGCUUGCUGCUCAUUUUUGCCCUGUACGUAUUUGCUGAGUACAACAUUAACUAAAUUAAAGACCAAUAUUCAACUCUAAACUAAGAUAGACAGUUAUAGAUGAGCAUGUUUGAAAGUUAAUGCCAUGGUUUCAGAAAUACUAAGUAACCAUACUUAUUAAAUAAAUUUAAUUUAUCAGCUUUAAAAAAUUUUCCUGUUCAUCCAUUGAAUUGGUAGAAUGAGAAUCCCAUGACAUAUGAAUAAGCUCUCUAAAACAACAUACUAAACUAAACUGUGUCCUACGCUUCAUUUAACAGAGUGAAUGGUUAGAUCAAAAAUAGUACACAGAAUUUAGACAUUCCCAAAAGAAUAAAUGCUUUGAAUCCUUUGUGGGUAAAUCAAAGAGAAAUUUAUAUGGGAAGAACCUAUAAUCUCUCGAUUUAAAGGUAGUAUGUUAUCUAUGAUGAUGGUUCUACAUCUAAUGAUUAGUUCAUAUUCACUUACCCUCCAUUGAAAUAUAAUAAUAGCUUUUUAUUUACCAGCGUAUCAGGAAUUCUCAAAAAUAUUACUAGCCUUAUCAUUAGUCCAGAUAUAAUAGAUAUUUUUGAGCCUAACUCAGUAGAUAACCGUAGAUUGCAAAUAUAGUACCCAAUCACAGACAAAUCAAAUAAAGUUAUUGCUAUUCUUGGAAUCUAAUACAAUUUAAAAGAAAUGAUAAAAGAUAACAUAGAAUCAAAUGUUCUUGAGAAUAAUUACUAAUUCUAUUAAAUUCUAGUUUACAGCGUUGGGGAUACACUAGCAGGAGAUUAAUUGAUUAUGAGUUAAAAUGGAGUUAAAAAUAAUGCGUAUGAUUUAACCUAACUCAAGUCUGAUUUCGAUUAAACAACGAUUAAAGAUGGACAGAUUAAUCCUCCUAACGGAGAUGUCUUCAAGAAAACGUAUCCUUCUGAAUAUGGGUAUUAUGUAACUAGAGUUUUCAGUCCAUAUAACUAUUCUCAUUCGGAAAGUUAAAGAUUGAAUUAUAAUUAUAUGAUAGUUAUAGCCUCAAAUAAAGAAGUAGACUAAAUCUAAAGGGAUGAAAUUACUAAUUUGAUUAGACCAGAAAUGAAUGAGUAUUUAGCAAUGAUUAUCCCAUCAGCAAUAGCAUUUGUAUUUCUCACAAACUUGCUACUACUUAUUAUUUCAGAGAGGUUUAUUUCAAAGCCUAUCAUCAAAUUAGCUUAGCAGGUCAAAGAUACAGAUUAAAAAACUUCGAAAGACUGGAUUAAGAGUUUAGGAAAUAACGUUCAAAAUCUUGAUGAAAUAGCCAAGCUUAGAAACAUCUUUGCCAGGUUUUUCAAUGAGGAAAUUAAAUAAGAUAGUAAAUCUGGAGAUGCUAAAAAGAAAGUGGAGCUAAUGAUGGAGAAGUAAACACUCAACUUGAUGUAUGACAAAGAUGAAGCACCUAAUAUUCAAAAGAAUGUAGAUAAAAUCAUAGACGAGAUAGUUGAUUAACUUCCAUAGCAAAAUAGUAUCGAUAUGAACGGAUAGCUUUAAUUUGGGCCGUAUGACAGUAAUGAAAAACCAGUUUAUUUAAAUCAAUAAAAGAACGAUAAGUAAUUCUAUGAUAAACCAUACAUGAAGAGAAACAUAGACCAACUUGGAAGAAUUAUUUCAGAAGUCAAAGAGGAAGAUUAGAAAGAAUAACUUUCUCAAUCAGUUGAUUCUGAUUAAGAAGAAUUAAAACUCUAAUUCAAAUAGGAUUAAGAAGACUCAGCUAAAAGGAUUGAUGUUGCUCCUAAAAAGCAAGGAAGAAAUGUAAAGAAUAAUCCUGCAGAUAUUAAUGUAGAAAAGGAGAGUAAAGAAAAAAACUAAAAUUAAGAUAAACCUAGUGGCUACGUUAGGACAUAUGACUCAAAUUCCAAAAUUAUUAGUGAAGUUGAUGAAAACGAUUUUCAAAAUAAUGAUCCAUUCGGUUAAUUUAAUGAUAAUGCUAUUUGA